AUGGGAAUUGGAGGAGUGCUAUCCAGGUAUGUGCACUGCAGCUCAUACUUUCUUACUAUCUCUGUUGCAGGUCUGAUCUCCAGGUCCUCUCCCAAGAAGCCUCGUGGACGUAACAUCUUCAAGGCAUUUUUCUGUUGCUUCCGUACCCAACAUGUUAGCCAAUCAGGCUGCAGCAAUGAGCUUGCUUCAUACAAGGAUGAAACCAACACCAUUGCCAAGUCGGAUCUGCUCCAGUGUCUUCAGUACCAGUUUUACCAGAUUCCAGGAACAUGCCUGCUCCCAGAGGUGACGCAGCAAGAUCAAGGAAGGAUCUGUGUGGUCAUCGACCUGGAUGAGACCCUCGUACAUAGUUCCUUUAAGCCAAUCAACAAUGCUGACUUUAUAGUGCCUGUGGAGAUUGAGGGGAUAACUCACCAGGUUUAUGUGCUGAAGAGGCCGUAUGUGGAUGAGUUCCUGAGGCGAAUGGGGGAGCUGUUUGAAUGCGUCCUCUUCACGGCCAGCCUGGCCAAGUAUGCUGACCCCGUGACUGAUCUCUUGGAUCAGUGUGGCGUGUUCCGGGCCCGUCUCUUCCGAGAGUCCUGCGUGUUCCACCAGGGCUGCUAUGUCAAGGACCUCAGCCGAUUAGGGAGAGACCUGAGGAAAACCCUGAUAUUAGACAACUCUCCUGCCUCGUACAUCUUCCACCCAGAGAACGCAGUGCCUGUGCAAUCCUGGUUUGACGACAUGGCAGACACAGAGUUGCUGAAUUUGAUACCCAUCUUUGAGGAGCUCAGUGAAGCAGAAGAUGUGUAUACCAGCCUGGGGCAGCUGAGGGCACCAUAGCCUUCUCCAUCUCGGCGGGUCUAGAACUGCAGGGGACUGUGACACACUGUGCCUUCGCUCUCAGCCAGGAAGAGAUAGCAGAAACAGGGAGAAACAAUUGUAAAGUGAGUUAGGGCAGGUUAGACAACCAUACGGGCAAACAGCAGACCAGUGACACCUAAUACCCCCUGCUCCAUGAACUGGGCGUUAGAGGAACACCCUGUGUGAGCGUGUAUGUGUGUGUACGUUUGACACUGACACCAUGAGAAUUCAGGUGGGGGAAGAGCCCAAAGGUCCAGGGGCUCCCCCCACCCACCCACCCCCGAGCCAGAGCUCGUCUCCUAGAGAGUCAGUCCAAGAGCCAUUGACCUCUCAUGGGAACAAAGACCAUUCAGUGCUCUGUUGCCAAACCUCGAGUCUUCCCUAGGUAUGUAGAGCCAAGAAGUGGGGAUAUGCUGCUCUCAGCCUAAUGUAUAGGCAAACUGGUACCAGAUUCAAAUGCACACUAUUCAGACACUUCACUUGAGACCCACAGCAACCUUGGAAAACAGGUUGUUUUUAAACAUCCCAGGAAUCUAUACUUUGGCCUCACAAACAUGGCCGUGAGGGUCAGGACCGGGAGCCAUCCCUGCCCUUCUCUCACUGGCCUGGGACUCCGGUGCCCUCCUUUCCUCCACUUCUUCACCUCCCAAUUACAUUUCUGAAACCAUGGGCAAGAGAUCUUCUCUGCCCUCAAAGGAGGACAGAGAAUUCGUUUCAUUUGAUGGGACUCUGUUUACCCUUGAAGGGGCUCGGUUCAUUCCUGAAAGAAUCUUGGCCUCUGGGCUGAAAGCUGGGGGACAAGAGAGUCAGAGGCUCAUUCCCAGUGCUCAGAAGGAAUUUGGAAAGCCAGAAUUUCUAUCCCCCUGAGGCAUGGAUCAGAUUCUAGGUCUCUAGAGAAACCUAGAGAACCAGUCUUUGCAGGGAUCCUUCUUCAAAGGAACCAGAAGAGCAGCCUUAAUGCUGUUGACACUCUUCCAGUUCCUUGAGCAUAAUUCUUUCCCAUCUCAUCCUCCAGGCAGUUUAAUCCGAGGAAGGAUGGGAUGGUGAGGCCUUUGCAUGGGCAGCCUCGAGGACACCUGUGUCCCUUAGGUGGGAAACAAACAGCAAGAACCAACAGCUGGUUCUCCUGAUUAUGGUGUGCUAGCUUCCUGCAGAUGCCUUAGGGACACAGAAAAGAGUGGAGAAAGAAGACCCAAGGCCUGCUCAGGUGUGGAGUUUCAGAAUCCGCAUGCACUCCCUUGUCUGCAGCAUGGCCCCGGGCUCUCUUCUAAAAAGCCUUUAUUCGUAUUAAGCCACAUGUACAAAACAGAAGGUCUUCCAAGUUUGGAGAGCUCUGACGUGUUGGGAAGCGCUGGUGAUGUUUCAUGAGGAGACCCCCCCCCCCCAAGUAAGCAGCACUGGCUUGUAGGCAUAGCUUCUGCCGGAACCUCAAGGGAGAUUCCCUAAGAGGUAAUCAGCAGUCAGUCUCCCCACCUUUCCCUGAAGAAGUUCCACACUUGUUCAGGUACACUUGAAACUCAGCAUUCUUCUCCACCAUUCUCUUUGACUCAAAUGCUUGCUUUCUGAGGGUGGAGGAAAUGGGGGAAACAGCCAAUUGAGUGAAUUGGCUCAGGGGGGGGACAGAGCUCCUUUUUUGUGUUCUGGUGUGCAUUCUGAUUAUAGUUCCUCCUUACCUAUUCUCGGUGCCAAUUCUGAUUCCUCCCAUUGUUGUCAGCUUUCCAUCUUUUCUCCUUGGUUUUAUACCAAGAUGGUGCCAUGGAACACAUGUCCAGGGACCCAGAAGCUAUGGAGACAUAGAACUGAAAUUUCCCAGAAUCUGCUUUCUUUCUCUAGCUACUUCUCUAGCAGCAUUUCCUAAGACUGCUUCUUGGGAUAGAAAUGGAGGAUGAGUCUGGGUGCUGACAGAAACCUCUAAACCAACAACCAAAAAACCCUAAAAUCAAGCCUAAUCACUAGCCCCCCUCUUAAUGCCAAGUUCCAUGGCCAGCUAUAACAAGAGAGUUUUGGGGAGGGGGGAAGAUUUGGAACUUAAUCCUCCCCAUCUCCAGGCCAUUAACUACUGCUUCUCAAGGGUGAGUGAGCAGUGGUGAAAACAUUCCUGACAUCUGGUCCAAGCCCAACUGCCUUUGCCAUUAGGGGCUUUGAGACACUGUCCUCCUGAAACACAUGAGCAAUAAUGAAAGCCGUUCCUCAGCUUCCAUUCUGGGCCCCCUGCUGCUCCCAGUAAAGAAGGGGGGAGCCGACAUUGCUCUAUUGCCUCCGCUGAGAUACCCUCCAUGCGUCCCCUCGCCCGCUGGCACGUGCGCUCGCUGUCUCCUACGAAGCCCCGUGUCCUCGUCACUCGGCUGUACAUACGUGCUCUGGCCCCUCUAUCCGGUCUUCGUGGUCUUCCAGCUAAAGCAUGUUCCCGUAGAGAACUGUCACUCCUUCACCUAUGCCAGCCUGGACCGGCCCAAAGUACUUAGAAACGGUUGUUUGGACAGUGGUGUGUCAGAGGGUCCCCAGUGGAGUUCCUACAAAAGCAAUGGCGAAUUUAGUCUUGGAAUGAGCCAGGACUUGGAGGGUGGGGGGAUUCCCUUUCCCCCUCCCCUACUUUAAAGAGGUCACGAGUCCUUAAGACAGUGGAGGUCUUCUCAACAAAGGGUGACCAGAGUUCUUUACCUCACCUGGUUCUGAGCCAGGCUCAGCCAGGGCACCCCAUGGAAGCUGGGUCUCUGCUACCAAGCCAAUGCCUCAUUAGAGACCAGCCCACACGUGUACCAACCAUUCCAGGAAUACUCCCUUCUGCCAAUUUUAGUUCUUUAAGUCGCCUCUUCAGUGACACAGUCCUAGUGGUCUCUGAUUGGGCUUCCAUUUAGAAAGAGCCUGAUGUUCACAUCCCUCUCAUAGGGGGAAGCUUUAAACAAAGGGCCAGUUUGGGAGAGGGUCAGGAUUAAGGGUCUCAACUCUGCAUAUUGUAGAGAGGGGGCUCUUCAAAGGCCUGUGGAUCCCAGACUGGGGAGGCAGAGAGAGCAGUGUCUUGGACCUGAAAGAUUUUUGGAAAUUGGACCAUGAACUUGAGUGUUUAAUUGCUGAACAGGGAAAGAAAUAUCCUUGGGUAAAUUUGCCUUAAGAGUGUCUGGGACUUUUUAGCUCCCUCCUGCCUCCCAAAGAUGUUGACUAUUUUGUAAACUUGUAAAUUUACCUUUACUGUUUUAUAUAAGAACCCAGAAACUUUGGAUGUGCUAAUCAUGGAAAGUCUAAAAAAGUUGCCAGCCCCCUGGCCCAGCCCCAAAGCCUUCUCUUCUGGGAUCCCCUUGUGCCAUAGUAAAGAAAUCUCCACACCCAAGCAUCUCCCUUCGUAUUGACCAGUAAGGUUUUGGAAACUAGGAGACAAAUCUCGCCUCUAGGGUGUCCAGGGAGAAUAAGGGGAACCCAGGGUGUUUGGUGUGCUGGUUACUGCAGAGCCCGGGGCUAUCCUGGGGCUCAUUCAUGACUCACCUGGUCACCUCUGCAGAAUGGGGCUUUUACAAAGCUGUGGGCCUCACUCAGACCCGGAUCCUGUGGGCUGGGGGCUGCUCCCUGGCCAGCCGCCUUCUCUGGGCCUUUUUCCUUAAAGAGGGCACAGCUUUCCCUUCCAGCCUUGAAGGCAGCUUGCUUUUAAGUGUGAGUUACUCUUGUGCUGCCUUUCCACUCAAGGGUCUGAAAUGCUGGUUUAGGGGAAGAGGGGGACAGCACCCCACAUCACCUGUGCUAUAGGAUUCUGACUACCCUGGUUACAGAUUAAUGGUUUCUUGGAGAAAUUUGUUUUAUUCCAAAACUUGAAAUGUUUGACGCCAUUAAGUGUCUGUUUAUAUUUUUGGAAUAUUUGUAUUACUUGCAAUUCAAUAAUAAAAAGGUUUUUUUUUUAAAAACCCAA